UCCUUUUUGAUUAUCAGAUAAUAGUUCCUUUUGAGUGAAGAUGUUGGCCUGUCACCCUGCAAAAAGUUAUCAUUUAACCAAUCAAUUAGUAACGGAGAUUUGGUUAUUGUUUAUGAAAGGCAUGACAACAUGAAGGCUGUGACAGUGUCUGAGGGUUCAGUCCUGCAGAAUCGUUUUGGUGUUUUUAAACAUUCAGAAUGGAUAGGAAAGCCGUUUGGGUCUAAAGUAUUCAGCAGUAAGGGUAGUUUUGUGUACUUGUUAGCUCCCACACCAGAAUUGUGGACUCUGGUAUUAAACCACAGGACUCAGAUUCUCUACAUUGCGGAUAUUAGCUUUGUUAUCAUGUACUUGGAGAUUGUUCCUGGUAGCUUGGUUCUUGAAUCUGGAACUGGAAGUGGAUCGUUGACUACUUCACUUGCAAGGGCAGCUGCUCCUUCAGGACACGUCUAUACGUUUGAUUUCCAUGAACAAAGGGCUGCAUCAGCUAGGGAUGAUUUUGAGAGGACAGGUCUAAGCAGCUUAGUCACUGUGGGAGUUAGGGACAUCCAGGGUGAAGGAUUUCCUGAUGAAUUUAUAGGCAUGGCCGACUCUAUAUUUUUGGAUCUACCUCAACCUUGGCUUGCCAUUUCUUCAGCAGCCAAGAUGUUAAGACAUGAUGGCACAGUGUGCUCUUUCUCUCCUUGUAUUGAACAAGUACAACGAUCAUGCGAAACACUCCGAACCUACUUCACAGAUAUAAGGACAUUUGAGGUACUUUUACGCACGUUUGAAAUUCGUGAAGGGAAAAUGGAAAGCCUACGCGGAGAUGGCAAUGGUUCUAAUGGUUCUCUUCCUAGCAAGAGGAGACAAUGCUCUGAUGGAAACUAUGUACUCAGCAGCAAUCCAUCUAUUUCUUUUGUCAUGGCUAGACCUUGUUCUGAAGCUCGAGGUCACACAGGUUAUUUGACAUUUGCAAGACGUAAAUGCGUCUCAUGAAGAGUGCUAUCAUGCUUUGACAUCUGCGUAUCUCCUUUCAAUUUGAGCCUCAUGCAAGAGAUUAUUUUGGUUCGUUAUAAUACUGUAUGGCAGUAAAUUUUUGCUUCAUACCACGGACUCAUGCAGCAAAGCCUCUCUCUUCUUUGCAUAUUAGCAAUCAAUAUUACAUAUUUUGUGCUUCUUCAUAUUAUUACAAACAUUCAGAGGGACUGAGUUUAUUUAACAUAUUUGCAUUGCUUCAACAAACAGGCAAGAGAUCUGUGUCAUUGUUGAUUCAUUGAGAAUUUCAUGUUUGGACAUUGUCUUCUAUAGUUCUAUGAGAUAUCCUGAAAGUAA